UUUUGCUUCCCUCUGGAUAACCGAGUUCGGCUGGCGUUCAAGGGUUCCCUAACUUAGCAGACAAGUGAUUUCGAUCCAUCACCACGAGUCGCGACGGAGAUACCAGACAAGAUGCAAAGAAGACAGGGAUAUAGUCCGGAAACGGAGCGACCGACGGGGCGGGAACGGAGUCCCGGAACUUUGGAUAGGGGAAUCCGGGUCCCGCUUGCGGGGAAGAAGGAGAACGGACAGCUGCGCAUUCACGUGACCGGAAGUCGGAAGCACGUGUAUCGGAAGCCCGGGCCGGGCGAAGAGGUUCAGCUAGUGAAGAGCACCAUGGCUGCGAGCCCCGGAGAACGGCGGCUCUUCGUGGGCGGCCUCGGGCCCUCGGUCACGCAGGACGACGUGCGUGCGCAGCUGGGCCGCUUCGGGGUCGUGUCCUCCGUGGAGCUCGUGUCUCGGGUAAAUGAGCUCGGGCUCCCGGAGAAGACCUUCGCCUAUGCCAACGUGCGGCUCUCUGAAGGUGACCUGAAGAAGUGUAUGUCCGCUUUAAACAAGACCACCUGGAAGGGCGGCACCCUGCAGGUCCAGCUGGCCAAAGAGAGCUUCCUGCACAGGCUGGCAGAGGAGAGGCUUCAAGCCAAAGCGCAGCAGGAGGCCUGCCCACAAGGGGGCAGCACAGCCAGCCCACCCACAAUCUUGGAGUUCCAUAUGAAAAAAGCUGUGCCGGGAACCGAGGUGCCGGGACACAAGGACUGGGUCGUGAGCAAGUUUGGUAGAGUCCUGCCCGUCCUUCACCUGAGGAGCCAGAACCGGCGUAAGAUCUUAAAAUACGAUCCAUCAAAAUAUUGCCACAACCUAAAGAAGUUUGAGCAAGACGUCACAAAAACCGUCUCCGUUUCUGACCUCACUUGGAAAUUGGAAGGGGGAGAUGAUGUGAUGAGUAAGAAGCGACAAGGGCAGUUCCCUGCCUUCAGAAGCCAUCCAGUGAAGAGAGCAAAGGUGGAGGGCAGUCCCUUCCCCUCCUCCCGAGCCGCGGGACGUCCUGAGCCGCCAUCUGCAGCCCACCCAAACACGGCGCGUCCCCAGCCAGCUGCCUCCCAGAAGGCCCCGAAGCCAGAAGCGGGCCCCCUUCGCUCUUCAAAGUCACUCAGCGUCCGAAGCAGAAACGCCACGUCUGAUGACGACGUUGAUUCUGAAGAAGAAUUGAAAGCCAUGAUAGCAGAAGAGAAAUCCCGAAGGCCUGCCCUCCCCGAGACAAACGGCACUGAAAGGGAUUCCUUUGAAGUGGUCAGCAGUGACUUCAAGCCAAACCCCCCCAGAGCGGGGGGGACACCCAGAAGACCCCAGGCCCCUCGCUCAGACAGCCCCGCUCAGCUUGCCGAAGACGACCAGGAGUACGACUCGGGGGACACAGACGAAAUCAUUGCCUGCGGGAAAAACGGCGACCAGAGCAAAGACGAGCCAAAAAUGUCACCAAAAGAGAAACCCAAAGCAAAAGCGAAGGCCGCUGUGAGAAACGGAACAAAUUGUGCCCGUGCUACCCGUGGGAUUAACAAAAGGGAGUCAGCCGAUUGUACAAAGCACGUCACUAAGAAGCCGGGGGGCGCGCCCCCCGGAUCCGAGGAUGGCGAGUCUGAGGAGGAUCUGGACUACGAAGCCAUGAUGACUAACUGCUAUCGCCUGGACCUCACCUUGACCGACUUGGAAAAGCUGGCAACCGAAGCUGCCGAGGGCCCUGGGGGGAGCGUCCGACGGACUAAGCGGGCGCUCCCCGAGGGAGAGGGUGCCGGUUCUGGCCAGAAGACUAAGAAGGCUCCUAAAGGGGCUCGGUGCAUCAAUCCCAAGGACAUCCUGGCUUCCCUCUUAGAAGGGGAGGAGAAAACCAGGGACCAGAACCCACCGAAGGAAAGUAUGCCGAAAGCCAAGUUUCAGGCUUUCAAAGGGGUGGGGGCGCUCUAUGGCGGGGAGACACCAAAAAGGCCCUUUAGGAACGGUGGAAUCGCCGCUCAUGUAAAAGCACCCAAUUCUCUGAAACAGGCAGCAUCUCCCAUUGGUUCUCUGGGAAAACAAGCCUUUGAUUUGAAUACUCUUUCUGGUGAUGAAAUGUCUGCGUCCCAAGAUGGGAGGGAAGCGGAGGAGGCAAACAGCCCUCCACAUCAUCCUAAAAAACCGCCAAGGAGGCGGGCAGCCACUGGAGAGCAGCUUGAUGCUGGCCCCUCCCCCUCCCCUGGUUCUGCUUCUGGCCUGUCCCCGUUGGGCUCCAAGAAGCCCUCGAGGCUUUCUGCAGAAACUUGUAGGAUGGACUCGAGAGGGCGUGGUGGCCUUGGCGCCUCGGCAGUGGGAGACCCCUGCCGGGAAAGCAGUGAUCCCGUCACCCUCGGACCCCCGCCAGGGACGGCCUCUUCUCGUGUGCCAGAGAAGGACCCCCCGGGGACGGUCCAGAAGGAGCCGGAAGGUCCCCGUGAUGCUCCUGCCGAUGCCGUCGGCCCUCAGAAGCCCUCUCAGGAUAACGAGAAGCGCUUGGCGGCCUUGGAGGAGAGGAAGAGAGCGCGGGAGCUGCAGAAGCGGUUGGUGCACAGCGCUCUCUCCGGCUUGGACGGCCGGCCAGUGAGCAAACCGACGCACAUCCUGUUCAACUCCGACAGCGAAGAAGAGACGGACGUGAAAGGUGACGCCCAUGAGAAGCCCCUUCCGGACAGUGGCGGCAAACGAGAUUCUAAAGCCUCCGGGAGACUCUUUGAGAGCAGCGAGGACGAGGAGGAGACCGAGGAGGACCGAGCCCGCUUCCAAAUUAAGCCCCAGUUUGAAGGCAAAGCUGGAAAGAAGCUCAUGAGUUUACAGUCCCACUUUGGCGCUGAUGACCGGUUUCGAAUGGACGCUCGCUUUCUGGAAAGUGAGAGUGAAGAGGAAGAGGAAGAGCUAAAAGAGGCCCCAACGGCUGAGGAGGAGGAGCUCGUGGCGGAGAAGAGGAAGAACCUGGAGCUGCUCAGGAACAUCCUGCACGUGGGCCAGGCUCCGAAACCCAGCCGAGAGGAAGUGGCCUCCAAGCGCUUCAGGAACGUCGUACGCUAUGACCCGACGAGGCUGGACCACGCCACGUUCGAGAGGAAAGCCGAGCCCGAGGAAAAGGAGAGCAAAGCCAAACGCAGGAAGAAACGGGCCGAGGCCGAGGCGCUGCCCGCCGUCUCCAAGGACCAGUACUACAGCAUCGCCGCCGACCUCAAGGAGCGGUUCCGGGCCCCGGAGCCGGAGCCGACGGCGGGAGCCGGCAGCCCUGGCAGCGAGACUCCCGAGGCGGGGGAGAUGGCCGGCCCCCCCACGGGCUCCGGCGAGUUCACCUUCUCCUUCUUUGGCCUGGACGUCGGGGAGCACGAGGAAGCUCCUUACAGGGUUGAGACCAAGACAGGAGGGCGCAAGGCCUGGCAGCAGGACCCCCGUUUCCAGGACAGCAGCUCGGAGGAAGAGGAGGAGGAGGAGCCCCGGCCUCCAGAUGGGAGCACAGCAGCAGCCCAGCCAGAGGAGACGCCGGCGUCCAAGGCUCUGAGCAGCAGGUUCUUCUUCUUCUCCGAGGACGACGAGCGCUUACGGGCGGGUCCUGGGUCGUUCUGGCAAGGCUCCGGAAGCCAGCCCAGCGGCGAAGCCUGGGAGUCCAGAACCCUGGCUCUGCUGCAGGACUGCCGCAAGAAACACAAAUCGGCCCGGAGGAAGGCCAAGCCCUAGGCCACGGCGCCCUUCCCGAGAGGCCUCCCGGAGGACCAGCAGAGGGGCCGCGCUGAAGCCGGUCCCGCCUCGGACACGCGGCCACUCGGCCAGGCCCGGAACUGCCCCGGGGGCCCCGCGGCCUCCUGUGGUCCUUAGGAUCGGUGGGGUCCGAAGGCCCUGCCCCCGCUGACGGCCCGGCGAGCGCCCAGAGGCCGGAGACCCCGCCAAGCGUCGUCCUCAGAGUCGCCGGCAGAGGCGGCUCCUGCGUCUCUCUGGGGGCGCCAGACCUUCUGAACCAACGAGGCGUCGUCCUGAGCCACGACAAAAGGCAAAAAGUUUAAUUUUUCAAAAGCCAAAGCGGCCCGAGGACGGGCCGGCUGCCACGUGACGGCCACGUCCGAGGGGCCCCUCCCCGGCUCUGUCCGUGCUGACCGCUGUGUAAAUAAGAUGGCUAUUUAUUGACGACUGUG